CACCAAAAUGCUGCUUCUAAUCCCUCUGCUAAAUCCUAAUCACAAAAUUUCUUUCUUUUUUCUUGAUUCGAGUUUCUGAUUCUCGAAUCCCUUCUUCUCAGAUUUCUUCUCCCAUGGCUUUACCGCAGUUAUUACAUCCCACUUCGUCUUCUUCGUUAAUCUCCCACAAACCCCACUUAAACCCUGCUUUAACCCCUACGCUCGACUUUAACAAGUCGUUAUCCGCUUCCUACGCCCUCCAUUGCCGCCGCCAGCGGCGGCGCAGCCUCACUUCGCUCCGCUGCUCGGCGUCGUCGUUCUCCGAGAAGCACCACACUGGCUCUCCCAAAUCCGAUGACGUAGUUGAGCUCCCGCUUUUCCCUUUGCCGUUAGUACUCUUCCCCGGCGCAAUCCUCCCGCUUCAGAUCUUCGAGUUCCGGUACCGAAUCAUGAUGCACACUCUGCUGCAGACCGAUCUCCGAUUCGGAGUCAUAUACUCCGACAGCGCCACCGGCGCCGCCGAGGUCGGCUGCGUCGGGGAGGUGGUGAAGCACGAGCGCCUCGUCGACGACCGCUUCUUCCUAAUCUGUAAAGGCCAGGAGCGGUUCCGGGUCACGAAGCUGGUCCGGACCAAACCCUACUUGGUGGCGGAGGUCACGUGGCUGGAGGACCGACCACGUGACGGGGAUGAGGAUCUGGAUUCGCUGGCAUCCGAAGUGGAGACGUAUAUGAAAGACGUGAUCCGAUUAUCCAACAGACUUAACGGCAAGCCGGAAAAGGAGGCGCAAGAUCUGCGGCGGAACCUUUUCCCGACGCCGUUCUCGUUCUUCGUCGGAAGCACGUUCGAAGGCGCGCCCAGAGAACAGCAGGCGUUGCUGGAGCUGGAAGACACGGCCAUGCGGCUAAAAAGGGAGAAGGAGACAUUGCGGAACACUUUGAAUUACUUGUCAGCCGCCUCUGCUGUCAAAGAUGUGUUCCCAUCUUCAUGAAAUACGGGUGAGUUUUGGUGCCCCACAGGUAUUAUAAGUGUUUCUGUAAUCUAUACUAUGAACUUGUAAAUUUUGAUGAUGGCUAAUAGAUAUGGUUUAAUUUCAUUUCAAGUCUUUAAUUUAAUGAUCAAAAAGCAAGAAAAAGUUCACAACUU